AUGCCGGAACGUCAACAGGACCAGCCGCAGGCUAGUAACACCGGUACCCAACCCAUGCAGCAGUCUGAGGCAUUGUCUAGGACACAAGGGGACGGUGAUAAGGAAACAACCAACCCUUUGUAUGUGCCAGCAGCUGCAGACGACGAUGGGGAUACUGACAACGAGGCUGAUGACAGUGGACCGACUACAUCAAAUAAAGUAAACAAGCUGGGGAUCGCCUGUACAGUGCUCUUUGCCAUCGUCGUGGCAAACAUUAUAAUCUCGGCAUAUAUUGCAGUGAGUGUGUCAACUACCUCGUCUCGAGUGAUGGGACCACCGGACCCGCCAUGUCCCCCCAGACCACAAGGAGAAGAGGGAUCCAUGGGGCCAGCUGGCCCUGUGUCUACCGUGUCUCCUGGGCCUCCAGAAGUAAAGGGACCCAUGGGGUCAGCUGGACCUGUGUUUACCUGGUCUACUGGAGCUCCAUGCGGAAAUUGGUCCAUGGGGCUAGCUGGACUUGUGUCUACCGGGCCUCCUGGGCCUCCAGCAGAAAAGGGACCCAUGGGGUCAGCUGGCCCUGUGUCUGGCGGGCCUCCUGGGGCUCCAGGAAAAAUUGUACCCAUGGGGUCACUUGGGCCUCCAGGAGAAAUGGGGUUCAUGGGGCGAGCUGGCACCCCUGGUCAACUUGCUCAUCUAGGUAAAAUGGGAUCCAUAGGGCCGACUGGUCCUGGGUCUAUCGGACCACCCAUGGGACCAAGUCUUCCUAAGGGAAUGGAUGGACCAGCAGGAAAAGUUGGGCCUCGAAAGUUGAUAAGUCCCAUUGGACAGCGAGCAGACGACGAUGGGGAUACUGACAACGAGGCUGAUGACAGUGGACCGACUACAUCAAAUAAAGUAAACAAGCUGGGGAUCGCCUGUACAGUGCUCUUUGCCAUCGUCGUGGCAAACAUUAUAAUCUCGGCAUAUAUUGCAGCGAGUGUGGCAACUACCUCGUCUAGAGUGAUGGGACCAUCGGACCCGCCUGGUCCCACCAGACCACCAGGAGAACAGGGAUCCAUGGGGCCAGCUGGCCCUGUGUCUACCGUGUCUCCUGGGCCUCCAGAAGUAAAGGGACCCAUGGGGUCAGCUGGACCUGUGUUUACCUGGUCUACUGGAGCUCCAUGCGGAAAUUGGUCCAUGGGGCUAGCUGGACUUGUGUCUACCGGGCCUCCUGGGCCUCCAGAAGUAAAGAGACCCAUGGGGUCAGCUGGCCCUGUGUCUGGCGGGCCUCCUGGGGCUCCAGGAAAAAUUGUACCCAUGGGGUCACCUGGGCCUCCAGGAGGAAUGGGGCUCAUGGGUCGAGCUGGCACCCCUGGUCAACUUGCUCAUCUAGGUAAAAUGGGAUCCAUAGGGCCGGCUGGUCCUGGGUCUAUCGGACCACCUAAAGAACCGGGACCCAUGGGACCAACUCUUCCUACGGGAAUGGAUGGACCAGCAGGAAAAGUUGGGCCUCGAAAGUUGAUAAGUCCCAUUGGACAGCGAGGUACGCCUAAGCCGAAUGAAAGACAUCUGCUCUACAUAUCGUGA